GAUCCGAAGCCCCGGUUCAGCGUUGCAAAAAUGCAUUCCAAGAGAAGCUCUUUGUUUUUUGUUGCUAUGCUUAUUGGCUGUUCGACUGCUACGAUAGAUCCUGAUUGCAGUAACCUCGGUCAAAGGUACGGAGAAACUCUAGAAUGUUGCGAGGCUGGUGCCAUUAUUCCGUUGAAAGAUAUUGCCGAUUGUCCGUCGAGUGUUGGUGUAAACGAAGAAAACAUGAAGAUAUGGUGUUUUUCGCAAUGCAAUUUCGAAGCACUCGGCCUUCUGAACGGCGAUGAGAUCAACGAGGACAAAUUAUUCGAGUACGUAAAUCGCCUAGAUGGUCCUUGGAAGGAGGAGGCCAAAGAUGCAGUUUCGGAUUGUCUGGAUAAGCUUGCGGCGAUUAACAUACAAAUGGCUGAAAGCAAAAACACCCUGCCGUGUCAUCAUGCUGCGGGGGUCAUAUCCUCAUGUCUGAUAAGGAAAACAAUUGAUUUAUGCCCAUAUGCCGACUGGCGUCAUUCUCUAUACUGUCUCAAAUUAAGGACUGAUUACUGCUUCAAAAAUCGUUACCUACAACAAAAUCACGAGUGA